AUGGCAACGCCAACGGGCAACAACGCCAAUUUCACUGGCAAAAGGCUCAAUGUCCUAGUUUACUCCGGAAAUGGAACCACCGUUGACUCAGUCCGUCACUGCCUCUACACCCUCCGUCGCCUGCUCGCUCACCACUAUGCCGUUAACCCCGUGACGAGCGAUAUGCUCCUUAAAGAGCCAUGGAUUUCUACUUGUGCUAUGCUGGUCAUGCCAGGCGGCGCGGAUAUGGGAUACUGUCGCACCCUCAAUGGUGCGGGGAACCGGCGCAUCGCGCAAUUUGUCCGCAAUGGCGGGCGCUACCUCGGUCUGUGUGCUGGUGGCUACUACGGAUGCAAGAGUUGUGAGUUCGAGGUCGGUGAUAAGACAAUGGAGGUAGUUGGGGAUCGUGAAUUGGCUUUCUAUCCGGGCAUCUGUCGGGGCGGGGCAUUCCCGGGCUUCGUUUACCAUAGCGAGGCGGGGGCACGCGCUGCAGGACUCGAAGUGGCCAAGGGAGCUUUGAGCAUUGGCACCGUGCCAACCAACUUCCGGUCGUACUACAAUGGCGGCGGGGUCUUCGUCGAUGCACCGUCGCUCGCAGAAAAAGGGGUAGAGGUUCUUGCGAGCUAUACUGAAAAGCUGAAUGUCGACGCAGGGGAGGGUGCGGCUGCUGUUGUCUACUGCAAAGUCGGUAGUGGCGCAGCAGUUCUGACCGGGCCUCAUCCUGAAUUUGCGGCUGCUAAUCUAGACCCGAAGGCGGGCGGACCUGAAUAUGCGGAUAUGGUGGCGGCUCUCGCCGCCGACGACAAGGAACGGACAGACUUCUUGAAGGCUUGUCUGUCCAAACUUGGACUUGAGGUCACGCAGGACACAACAACAGUGCCUUCACUGUCGUCCUUGCACAUGUCUGGAAUGGAUGCUGAUGGUCCCAUGGAUAUCCUGUCGGGUCUUGGAUCUGCAUUCACUCAAGAGGGUCAGACCGAGUGUCUCAAGGACGAUCACGAUACGUUCCGCAUUGAACGCCCUGGAACAUGGAAUCUUGGUGAACUGGAAGAAUCGCUCCCUGCAAGAUCAUUGGAAUCUAGCGAGGGUAUAAUUGAUUACCAGGCAAUCAUCAAGCGACUUGUUUUCCACGAUGACAUACCAUCUUCGAAACUAACUCCAUACUUCAACCACCAUGCGUUCUAUUCCCACCUCCGCCAAUACCAAUCCGAGUCCAAGGGAGAGGCCACGACAUUUGGCUCUAAUCUCUUAUAUGGAGAGGUAGUGACUAGUACGAACACAAUUCUUGAAAAGAACACGAAGCUGCUUCGUCAGUUGCCGCAAGGGUUUACGGCUACUGCGACAGCACAAAUUGCUGGACGCGGACGCGGAUCCAAUGUCUGGGUCUCACCAGCAGGUUCUCUAAUCUUUUCAACUGUUGUGCGACACCCAAUGGACAAGAUUCAGUCGGCGCCGGUUGUGUUCCUCCAGUACCUAUCAGCCAUGGCAGUGGUCAGGGGAAUCAAGAACUACGCCAAAGGUUACGAGAAGAUCCCGGUCAAACUAAAAUGGCCGAACGAUAUUUACGCACUGGACCCAGAUGACCCCGAACAGAAACGGUACACGAAGGUAUGCGGCAUUCUUAUCAAUUCUCAUUUCAUGUCAAACGAGUACAUCUCCGUCGUGGGUAUCGGUAUCAAUGCCACCAACGCCUCUCCGACAACUGCGUUGACCACCCUCGCCGCACGCUACGCAUCCCCUGGCGCUGCUGCCGCCUCACCUGUCACGCUCGAGAGGCUCCUGGCUCGUAUUUUGACUACAUUUGAAGCCUUGUAUACCCGUUUCUUGCGCACGGGCUUCGAUCGAGGCUUUGAGGCUAUGUAUUAUGAAGACUGGCUACACAUGCAUCAGAUCGUCACGCUGGAGGAGGAGGGCGGUGCUCGCGCUCGCAUUCAGGGUAUCACCCGUGAUUUUGGUCUUUUGCUGGCCGAGGAAUUGGGGUGGAACGAUCGUCCGACGGGACGUGUGUGGCAGUUGCAGAGUGAUAGUAACAGCUUCGACUUCUUCCGUGGGCUGUUAAAGCGGAAGGUGUAG